UCUCUCCAAUUUCCACUUUCCCCAAUUCCUACUUUCUGAAGCAAUCGACUUGUCCCAUUUUUUCCACAUAUCUAACAACAAUCACUACCAUACACCAAGCCUAAUUGAACCAAGAAAUGUGCCAAAACACGAACAAUACUUUGAAGUACUCAUCUACAUCAAAAGUGAAUUUCUAUCAAAAGUGAAUCCUCAAACGAAAUCAAUCUUUUCCAUCACUAACGGUUCCAACAAUAAAUAUUCUUGUUCAUCAAGGGAUUUUCUCGUAUCACCAGAUUACGUCGAUUUUUGAGGUUCCAGUAUUAUCUGACUCACUCUGUACAUAUAUAUACUAGCAUGUGGAUCAUGCUAGGACAGGUAGUUGAUCAGCGGCUUCGCUGCUGGACGGUGUAUCAUGGCGGUCGCCGAUCGAAAGCCUCGAAUUGCCAUCGCAGGGGGUGGUUUGGUUGGUGCUCUCGCUGCGUGUUUCUUUGCGAAGAGGGGUCAUCGGGUGGCUGUUUAUGAAUAUCGUCCGGACGUCAGGGAAGAAGAUACUUGGGGUCAAAGUAUCGACCUGGCGCUUUCAGUUAGAGGUCGUGAAGCUUUAAGGAAAGUCGGUCUCGAAGAAACUCUGCUUCAACAUGGUAUCCCUAUGCGUGGUAGAAUGCUUCAUAACAAGGAUGGCAAGUUGAAAGAAAUCAUUUACGAUGGCAAAGGAAAUUGUAUUUACUCCGUCAGCAGGCGAUACCUCAACGUGGUUCUCCUAAACGCCGCAGAGAAGUACCCUGAAGUGAGCCUCUACUUCAACAAGAAGGUCAUAGACGCUGACCUGGAAGAAGCAAAGUUAACAGUGCAAGAUACCAUCACCAAAGAAAUAGAAGAGGUGCAAGCUGAUCUGAUUAUUGGUGCUGACGGUGCUCACUCGAGGAUCAGGAAAGUUAUGACGAGGAGGCCGCGGUUUAACUAUAGUCAGACGUAUAUUGAGCAUGGUUAUGUGGAGCUGCAUGUACCUCCUGGUAGAAAUAACCAGUUCGUGAUGAGUAACAAUCAUCUUCAUAUAUGGCCACGAGGAGAGUUUAUGAUGAUAGCUUUACCGAACGAAGACCGUACUUUCACUGCAAACUUGUUCGCACCCUUCGACACUUUGGACAAAUUAACGACGUCAGAAGCUCUCCUAGAUUUCUGUGAAGAUCAGUUUCCGGAUUUGAUCAAACUGAUAAGUAAGAAGAAACUUGUGAGGGAUUAUUUCGCGAGGGAACCGAAAGCUCUCAUUUCAGUCAAGUGCAAACCUUAUCAUGUUGGAAAAAGCACCCUCAUCAUUGGGGAUGCUGCACACGCUAUGGUGCCGUUCUACGCUCAAGGAAUGAACACUGGAUUCGAAGACGUCUUGUUACUCGACGGUCUAAUGGAGCGUUACGGCUCAGACUUCAGCCAGAUUCUCCCGAAAUUCACAGAACUACGAUGCGAAGAUGCCCAUGCGAUAUGUGACCUUGCCAUGUACAAUUACAUCGAGAUGAGAGAUUUAGUGAGAACCAAAUCGUUCCUCUUCCGCAAGCACCUCGACACGUUCCUCUACAGGCACGUUCCAAACUUCUGGACUCCGAUGUACAGCACGAUCCACUUCACACGAAUGAGGUUUCGCGACUGCAUCGCGAACAGAGAAUGGCAGGACACGAUAUUACGGAGGAUCGGUUGGUGCAUAGUAUUUCUAAUUCUCGCUGUAUUAUUAGCCCCAUUCAUUCAAAUACGCACGGGGGAUAGUAUUCUAUAUUAAAAGAUGUAUCAUGCAUGUACACGCACAAUCACGGGAUAUGUAAGUGUGUGCGUAUCGAUUUUUAUAAUAAAGUACCCUGUAGAGUUAAUUGGAGAUUUGACGUUUUGGUUAAACUUCGAGUGGAGCUGUCAUUCAUGUAACUUGUUAGGUUAGGUUAAUAGUUAUUUCAUUCUAAAUUGUGAAGCAUCUUCGUACAUUUUGUUUCACUGCAAGUAGGAUUUCGUUUGGAGGUUUGAUUUAACUCCUUGCAUUAUUCAAUAGUGACACACUGGUGACGCACUUAGCUGUGAUUAGAUACGUGACGCACUCAUGACGCACUGAGGUGUGAUCAAUUUUAUUGGGAUUUUGAAUAUGCUUCAAUUUGUAGUUCAAGAUUAAAUUUGCACUAUUUUGAUAGUGACGCAUUUGUGACGCACUCAGCUGUGAUUAGAUACGUGACGCACUCAU